AUGCUUCUCUUUUGCCCCCAUUGCGCCAACAUCCUCACCGUCUCCCGCACCAACCAGGGCACCAACCGCCUCGAGUGCCGCACCUGCCCGUUUGAGCACACCAUCACGGAGCCCGUCUUCUCACGGCGCGUCUACGAGCGCAAGGAAAAGGAGGACGUCUUUGGCGGGCCCGGCGCCUGGGACAAUGCGCAAAAGGCCCGCGUGCAGUGUCCCGCCGAGGCCUGCGACGGCCUCGAGGCCGCCUUUUACCAGGUCCAGAUCCGCAGCGCCGACGAGCCCAUGACGAGCUUCUACAAGUGCAUGGCCUGCGGCCAUCGGUGGAGGGAAAAUUAG